GUCACAGACGUAUUUCCGGUAGAGGUCAUUGAGCGCUCCGUUGCUAAUGUGAGAAAAUUAAUCCUGAAAUGGUUUCAUAACUAAAGGAAGAAGGAUCGAUGUGGCUCCUUAGAAGAUUCCUGUCGCCGGUGGUUAGAAGAGGUCGCCAUGCCGGGCGGCUGGGCUUCCUCCUCCAGCUGCGCUACGGUUCCCGUCCGGCCGACCUGGAGCUGCGUUACCUUCAGUGCACCUGCUGCUGGAGGAGCAGGGUUCCCGUGGCCGGCUUCGAGACCUUGAACGCCUCGCUCACCUCCCCGUCUGAAGCCCGUAAGGAGGAAGACGGCGGGAGUACGCUGGACGCCUGCUACACCUCGGAACAGCGGGACGCCAUCCUGCAGCUCCUCAACAACGCCACCUCGGCGGAGCUGGCCGGGGUCAAGCUGCUGAGAGGCCGCAAGUCACUGAGCAUCGUGGAGUACAGGACCAAACACGGACCUUUCCGAACUCUGGAGAGCGUGGUCAACGUUCCGCUGCUGAAGCACAAGAGCGCCGUCACCGUGUUUAACGCCAUCCUGAACCCGGUGAGGAAGGAGAAGAAGGUCAGGGUCCAGCUGGCCAAGUUCAUCCGGCCGGAGGUCGACCGGUCCUGGUUGGAGGCGGCGGCGUCCGUCGUCUCAAUCGUAUGUGGGACCAAUAAGAUCGCCUGGGCCCAUGUGGACCGUGGGAUGAACGUCCUAGAAUGGCAGCAGAUGGACUGUCCUCAUUUCUUCAAAGGAUCCUACAUGGCUUCUUCAUACCUGAGUGACGUGUCCUCGGUGGUGUCGGCCCUCCCAUCAGCAGAUUUCUACCUGAUAGAGAAGCCGUCCAUCUCUGUGCAGAACACAGCUCUGUUUCCUGUCAUGGCUCACAUGAGGACAGUGGAGGCCAUGCUGUUCGCUCUGCUGGAGCCCAGAGUCUCCCCACCGGAGCCCAAUAUUCCUCCCAGGUCAGAAAACUGCCUUCAGAUACUUCUUUUAAACCGCAGUCCUCUAAUGUGUCCACAGGAAACAAUCCAAAAAUCAUUUAAUCAUAAAAUAAACCCUAAAUAGAAUCCCUGCUCUGGG